CCGCCUCCCGCGCUCGCCACCGCGGCGGCCGAGGGCUACUCGCGCCGCCGCCCCGCUCGCCCGCCGCCCGCCCUCCGCCCGCCGCGGCCCCGCGGCGCGGGCCCGCCGCAGCGCAGCCGCUCUGAGUGACUCUUGAUGGAAGAACACGGAGUGAGCCAGGCAGAGCACAUGGCUACCAUCGAGGCCCACGCCGUGGCCCAGCAGGUGCAGCAGGUGCACGUGGCCACCUACACAGAGCACAGCAUGCUGAGCGCCGACGAGGACUCGCCCUCCUCGCCCGAGGACACGUCCUACGACGACUCCGACAUCCUCAACUCCACGGCUGCCGACGAGGUCACCGCUCACCUGGCGGCUGCAGGCCCUGUGGGGAUGGCAGCAGCUGCUGCUGUGGCAACAGGGAAGAAAAGGAAGCGACCUCACGUUUUUGAGUCCAACCCUUCCAUUCGCAAGAGGCAACAGACACGUUUGCUCAGGAAGCUCCGGGCCACGCUGGAUGAGUACACCACCAGAGUGGGGCAGCAGGCCAUCGUCCUGUGCAUCUCACCAUCCAAACCCAACCCUGUCUUCAAAGUAUUCGGUGCUGCACCCUUGGAGAACGUAGUACGCAAGUACAAGAGCACCAUCCUGGAAGACCUGGAGUCGGCGCUGGCUGAGCACGCUCCGGCCCCUCAGGAGGUGAACUCAGAGCUGCCACCCCUCACCAUCGAUGGCAUCCCCGUCUCCGUGGACAAGAUGACCCAGGCACAGUUGAGAGCCUUCAUCCCCGAGAUGCUGAAGUAUUCCACGGGUCGUGGGAAGCCAGGCUGGGGCAAGGAGAGCUGCAAACCCAUCUGGUGGCCUGAGGACAUUCCGUGGGCAAAUGUCCGCAGCGAUGUCCGCACGGAGGAACAGAAGCAGCGGGUGUCCUGGACCCAGGCCCUACGGACCAUCGUGAAGAACUGCUACAAGCAGCACGGGCGCGAGGACCUGCUCUAUGCCUUCGAGGACCAGCAGACCCCGCAGACCACGACCACGCACAGCAUCGCCCACCUGGUGCCCUCCCAGACCGUGGUACAAACCUUCAGCAACCCUGACGGCACCGUGUCCCUCAUCCAGGUUGGCACUGGUGCCACAGUGGCCACGCUGGCCGACGCCUCCGAGUUGCCCACCACAGUCACCGUCGCACAAGUCAAUUAUUCUGCAGUGGCUGAUGGAGAGGUGGAGCAGAACUGGGCGACGCUACAGGGAGGGGAGAUGACCAUCCAGACGACGCAGGCCUCGGAGGCCACGCAGGCGGUGGCCUCGUUAGCCGAGGCGGCGGUGGCAGCGUCGCAGGAGAUGCAGCAGGGAGCCACUGUCACCAUGGCACUCAACAGUGAAGCCGCUGCCCACGCCGUAGCCACGCUGGCCGAGGCCACCCUUCAAGGAGGGGGACAGAUUGUCCUGUCUGGGGAAACUGCAGCAGCUGUUGGGGCACUCACUGGAGUCCAGGAUGCCAAUGGGCUUGUGCAGAUCCCGGUGAGCAUGUACCAGACCGUGGUGACCAGCCUGGCCCAAGGCAAUGGGCCGGUGCAGGUGGCGAUGGCACCGGUGACCACGAGGAUAGCGGACACUGCGGUCACCAUGGACGGGCAGGCGGUGGAGGUUGUCACUCUGGACCAGUGACGGAGCAGCGGCAUCCUGACCAUUCUCCUCUUCUCUCAGUUUUUUUACGCCUCUCCAGAGAUGCAAUCAGGUGGCAUUUGAGUCUCUUUGGAAAACAAAAGGUUUUGUUGACCUUUUUCUCUCUUUUUUUUUUUUUUUUUUAAAUGAGAAAAAUAGAAAAAAAACCACAAAAAACAAAACAACAAAAAAACCACAAAAAACAAACAAACAAAAAAAACCCAAAAAAAAAAAAAAAUCCUGGCAGAGGAUGUGUGUAAAGUGCAUUUUUCUAGCACCACUCUGCUGUCUCGGAGGAGCGAGAAGCCAAAUUGUGACAAGACUUUGAUUCCGAGGAGGUUGAAAAGAAAAUAAAAAUAAAGCCACCCUUUAUGCCCCAUUUUCCCCCAUUUGGGAUUGAGCAGGAGGAGGCUGAGGGGCAGCACGGACACCCUCAGCCAGCACUGACCUCGACAGCAAAUUAGGUAUCAAAGAUUUUAAAAUGGUCUUUUGUACUCAUUAAAAACCCUCCCUGGAAAAAAAGAAAACAUAAAAAAAACCAAACAACCCAACAAACGACAAAAAAAAAAAAGAAGUUUGGGAGAAAAAAAAAAAAAAAAGACUCCUCUCCUGGGAAAAGGAAAAAAAAAAAAAAAUUGGAAUGCAUGUGUGACUGCAGGGGGGUGGAGACCUCCUGAAGGGAUGAUGCUCUUCCAGGAGCCUGCUGGAGGAUCCGCGCCCCGCUCGGCUCCCCUUGGUGCACACUGGAGACCUGUUCCUACUUCUCUGCUCUUGUACCUGCCAUUUUACAUCCCUGGGGUUUUUUGGAUUUUUUUUCUUUAUUAUUAUUAUUAUUGUUGUUGUUGUUGUUGUUGUUAUUAUUAUUUCCCAGAAGCGCCUCUAAAGGGGCUCUGGUUGCGUCCCCCCCAUCCUGUUUUUUUCCCACCACAUUCCCAGGAUUUCCCUCAGCAAGGAGCUGCCUUGGGCUCAUCCCAAUUCCCUGCUGAUCUCUCCUCCUGCAAUUCCCACUGAAAUAUUCCCCUGAAGGGGGGGAUGCCAGUGAGACCCUUCCCUUUGGGGGCCCCUCUUUACCCCAACCCUCUGCCCCAUCCUGGUCCUGCCCUGUGCCUCUUCCAGCACAGUUUUAACCCCAAAAUCCUUCCCAGGAGGGUUCAAAAAAGCCUUUGGGGGGUGGGAUGAGGUGUUUUUGGGGGGGCAGAUUUUACUCAGCAUCCCUGUGGGCCAAACCCUUGUGCCCAACCAACACCCCCCCCCCCCAAGCAAGCACUUCCCAUGGGAUCUAAUUUUUGGGGUUAUUUUGGGGUUUUUUUUAUUAUGAUUUCCAAGUGGCCGUUCAAGUUCUCUACAUCUCUCUCUGCCUUCAAGGAAGUUUUCAGAUUCUUGUAUUUACUUGUUUUAUAUGGGGGGGGAGGGAAACAAAAGAAAAAAACAAAAAACACCACAAAAACAAACCUAUCAAAUGUUCUUUGUACACAGUUCUUCAGUCCUUUUUGCGAGGGGAGGGAGUUCUUUCCAUAGAAACAGUCCUGGUUCUCCAAGUUAUGAAAUUUCUUGGAUUUUUUUCUUUUCUAAUGAUUAUUUUUUUAUUGUCGUUGUGAAGAUGUCGGUGGCUUUUCAAGUCAGUGUUACUUUGGCAAUGAAAUAUUUUAGCCCCCACCCCCCAAAAAGAAAGACAAAAACCAGGCAAAUAGCAGAGCAUGGACCUCCCCCUUGUUUUCCCAGUGUCUAUUAUUGCCUCAUUCAAUAAAUUGUUACAAA